UCGGGAGGCCGCGAUUAGCUUGGGUCACAGUCGCAGGGGUGGGUUCCGGCUUUGUUGUCUCACUUCCCCCCUGAUCAUGGGAAGCCGGAUCGAAUGUGUGUUUUUCAGCGAGUUUCACCCGACCCUCGGGCCGAAAAUCACUUUCCAGGUGCCUGAGGAAUACAUUUCAAGGGAGCUGUUUGAUACAGUCCAGGUGUACAUCAUAACAAAACCAGAGUUACAGAAUAAACUUAUUACUGUCACUGCAAUGGAUAAGAAGCUAAUUGGCUGCCCUGUGUGCAUAGAACACAAGAAGUAUGUCCGAAAUGCAUUGCUCUUCAAUCUGGGCUUUGUUUGUGAUGCAAAAGCCAAGACCUGCUCCUUGGAGCCAAUUGUAAAAAAGCUGGCAGGCUACCUCACUACACUGGAGCUGGAGAGUGGCUUCAUCUCCAAUGAGGACAGCAAGCAGAAACUAGUCCCACUAAUGACCAUUAUUCUGGAGGAGUUGAAUGCCCAUGGAGAGUGUUCAUUACCAAUAGAUGAAUCCAAUACCAUUCACCUGAAGGUGAUCGCCCAGCGGAGAGACCAGCCUGUGGUACAGGAAUAUGAUGUUCCAGUAUUCACCGAGUGUAAAGAUGAUUUUAUUAAAAUCCACUGGGAUCUCACAACGCAGCAGAUUCUGCCAUACAUCGAUGGAUUCCGUCAUAUCCAGAAGAUCUCUGCUGAAGCAGAUGUGGAGUUGAACUUGGUGCGGAUUGCAGUGCAGAAUUUACUGUACUAUGGAGUUGUGACUUUAGUCCCUAUAUUCCAGUAUUCCAAUGUGUACUGCCCAACUCCUCGGGUGCAGGAUCUAGUCGACGACAAGUCCUUGCAGGAAGAGUGCCUGGCAUAUGUCACUAAGCCAGGACCCAAGCGUGCCAGUCUGCGAGAUGUAUUUCAGCUAUACUGUGGGCUCAGCCCUGGCACUACAGCUCGAGACCUCUGCUCCCGCUACGCUCAACAACUUCAACAGGUGGAUGAGAGGAAGUUGAUUCAGUUUGGCCUGAUGAAAGGUCUAAUUCGGCGACUGCACAAGUAUCCAGUAAAGAUCAACCGUGACGAGAGGAGCCGCCCACCACGUCUUUACACUGGUUCACACAGCUAUGAUGAAAUCUGCUGCAAAACAGGAAUUAGCUACAAGGAAUUGGAUGAGAGGCUGGAGAACGACUCAAAUAUCAUUGUGUGCUGGAAGUGACAGUACAGCACUUUGUCAGGACAAACACUGGGUGUUCUGCUGUGCAGUCACAUAACGUUGCCCAGAGGUUUCCAAACUGAAGAAUAGGUUGGCAAAGGAGUGCAAGAAUGUAAUAGAUGGUGCUAACCUGGGUAGUGUGAGCUGUGCUGGCCUGCAGGACUAAUAAAAUCUUCUGACCCUCCUGCAUUACCUUAAAAAUAGGUGAAGAAAUGUAUGAAAGUAUUUCUCCUAAAAGAGGUUCUGAUUCCAAGCUGAGCGAUUUUGUAUUCAUAUUGAUAUGAUCCUUACUGUAUGCAUGCAACUUAUUAAGAGUAUCAAGGAUAGAGCAGACCCCUCCCCCAGCUGAUUCAUUCAAAUUCUUCCCCUCCCCUCCCCUCCCAUCAUUUAUGAUGCAUUCUUCCUAAUAUAGCCACUAUGCUGUGUAACCUGUUACUGAGUGAGUGUAAUACUGAGUCAUACAUAUCUAGAAGUAACCACAUUCAGUCACCAUUCUGUCCUGAAUUAGCUGACCUCAACUGGGACAGUGGUGGGGGUGCUUUAAGAGGCCUUAGUGCUCUUGGGCAUGGUAGAGUCUCUACUCCUGAACGGUCUGGCCUACCCAUGGACACCAUGGAAAGUGAGUCGAUGGGAUCAAGUCAGCUGCAAUGAAUCUGCAGUCAAAUUUCAUGCUAGCAUUGAAGAAUGAUCCACUUGGGUGUGUUACUGCAGAGCUUUCAGUGCACAUUGAACCAGUGCUCUGUGUGAAUCUGUGUCUUCAUGAGAAUGGGAAUGUACAAAAUCUGUACUGAUUGCUUGUUGUGACUAGUUUUGGAUAAAUAGAAUUAUUUAAUAGUAAAUGAACUUGCAUUGAU